CAGCCACUUUGGCAUCCUUCCUGGACUUACAGAGACCGAAUCCGCUGCUUCUUGCAUUGCUCAUAGGCGAUGGUUAUCCACAGAGGCUGGUUUGACUGUACUUCAGCGUAGAGCGAUACUUACUCAUCCACAUUUUUUCUCUGCUUUUUUUUCCCCUCUCCUUAUUAGUUUUUUUUUUUUUCCUUCCUAUUCUCACAACAGCGGAUUGUUACGACAAAAAAGCUGCUGCAAGCAACUUUUCCCUGCAUAUUUCCCCCCCUACCAGAAUAUGUCGUUGACCAACACAAAGACGGGCUUUUCUGUAAAGGACAUUUUGGACCUUCCUGACACGAAUGACGAGGACGGAUCUAUCACCGGAGCGGAGGAAGACACGGAGGGAUCGGAGACCGCAUCCACGACGAAAAACGGUGGAGUUUUGGUGCAAAGUCCUCUAGAAAACGUUCAGAAUCUACCUUUAAAGAACCCCUUUUAUGACAGUACUGACAAUCCCUACACACGAUGGCUUGCUACUACGGACAGUAUUCAAUAUUCAUUGUUUCUCCCGUUUCUUGUCGCAGUGCACGGUUUGUCCGCCAGCUCUCAGGACUCCGCCAAGUCUCCGGAGCCGUCCGCGGACGACGAAUCCCCCGACAACGACAAGGAGACGUCCAGCAGCGGCGGCAGCGACUCGGGCAAGAAGCGAAAAAGGAGGGUGCUGUUCUCCAAGGCGCAAACCUAUGAGUUGGAGCGCCGCUUCAGGCAACAGAGGUACCUGUCCGCCCCAGAGAGGGAGCACUUGGCCAGCCUCAUCCGUCUCACCCCGACCCAGGUGAAGAUCUGGUUCCAGAACCACCGGUAUAAGAUGAAGAGAGCCCGGGCCGAGAAAGGUAUGGAAGUGACCCACCUCCCUUCUCCUCGGCGGGUGGCCGUGCCCGUCUUAGUCAGGGAUGGGAAGCCUUGUCACACUCUUAAAGCUCAGGACUUGGCGGCCACUUUUCAGGCCGGGAUUCCCUUCUCGGCGUAUAGCGCUCAGUCGCUCCAACACAUGCAGUAUAACGCGCAGUACGGCGCCGCGGCCACACCGCAGUUCCCCACAGCACAUCACUUGGUGCAAACGCAACAGUGGACUUGGUGAGAAACAAAACAAAAACAAAUUAUAAAGACUUGGUUUGGAGGGUGGGCUGUAGGGUGUUUCACCGCAAAGAAAGAAAGAAAAAAGAAAAAAAAAAAACAAAAAAGACUUUUCAUUUUUGCAGCUUGACUCAUAUAUAUACUACUACCAUUUUUAUUCGGGGCUCAUGUGUGCGCCGUGUUUACAUGUUUUCGUUAAGAGAACUGGGUCCAAACCUCUCCCUUAUAGAUUUUAUUAAGAAAUGUCAAUGCUCUUCUUGUGACAUAUUUUUUUGUAAAGUAUGUUGUGUGUUGGUUGUAGAGAUGUUUUACUUUUUUUUUUAAUUAUCAUUAUUUUUGUUCCCCCUUUUGUCCCUUCGUGUUAUUAUCAGCACGUGCGAACCACUUUAUAAUUAUGAAAAAUUUUUAAUUUCUUGCUUCUUUUAUGGACCGAAAAAAAAUAUUUAUGGCCAUGAAUAAAAACUGGCAAGUUUUCAGCCUUUUUUGUUUUUCUUCCUUGUAAAUAUUUGCAGCCGGGUGGUGCAUUUGGAUGCAGCUCGGGACUUAAAUCUCCAAAUUUAUUUUUUUCUUUUUGCGAACAUGCUGUGAGAUGUGUAAAAUAAUAAUAAUAAUAAUGCGUGCUGACGCCGCAGUUCAAAAUGGACAACUAUCUUCAUUUUUAAAGUAAUAACUUUUAAAUAAAAAUGUGACUGAAAUGAG